CCCCACCACGCGGCAUCAAUUUACUCGGACACCACCACUGCUAGAACUGAACUGACCCCCCCCCCCCUCCCCAUCGGAGCAGAGCAGAGGACACGAUGGCGGCGGCGGCGACGGCGGCGACGGCGACGAACCGGCGCGUGAUCCUCAAGGAGUACGUGGAGGGGUACCCGCGCGAGGAGCACAUGGAGCUGCUCCCGGGCGCCGAGGUGCCCCUCCGCCUGGCCGGCGACGAGCCGCCCGGCUCCGUCCUCGUCCGGAACCUCUACCUCUCCUGCGACCCCUACAUGCGGCCCAAGAUGUCGCGCCCGCUGCGGGAGUCCUACACGGCCGCCUUCGUCCCGGGCGCCGUCAUCACCGGCUACGGCGUCGCCCGCGUGCUCGACUCCUCCGACCCGCGCCUCGCCCCCGGGGACCUCGUCUGGGGCAUCACGGGCUGGGAGGACUACAGCGUCGUCCGGCCCCCCACCACCGCGCUCCUCGCCAAGAUCUCCCACCACGGCGGCGGCGGCGGCGGCGUCCCGCUCUCCUACUACACGGGCAUCCUCGGCAUGCCGGGGCUCACGGCCUACGUGGGGUUCCACGAGAUCUGCGCGCCCAAGGCCGGCGAGGCCGUGUUCGUCUCCGCGGCGUCCGGCGCCGUGGGCCAACUGGUGGGCCAGUUCGCGCGGCUCGCCGGGUGCCGCGUCGUCGGCAGCGCGGGGACCGCGGAGAAGGUGGAGCUCCUGCGCGCCAGGUUCGGGUUCCACGACGCGUUCAACUACAAGGAGGAGCCGGACCUCGCCGCCGCGCUCCGGCGGCGCUUCCCGGAGGGGAUCGACAUCUACUUCGAGAACGUGGGCGGCGCGAUGCUGGACGCCGUGCUGCUCAACAUGCGCGUGCGCGGCCGGAUCGCCGUCUGCGGGCUCAUCUCGCAGUACAACCUCAAGGACGGGGAGAAGGACGCCGUGCGCAACCUCUCCGCCGUCGUCGGCAAGCGGCUCCGGCUGCAGGGGUUCAUCGAGCCCGACCACAAGCACCUGUACCCCAAGUACGAGGCGUGGGUGCUCCCCUACAUCCGGGACGGCACGCUCGCCUACGUCGAGGACGUCGCCGAGGGGCUCGAGAGCGCGCCCGGGGCGCUCAUCGGGCUCUUCCACGGCCGCAACGUCGGCAAGCAGCUCGUCCGCGUCGCCGACGACGCGGAAACCGGCGCCUGAUUGGAUCGGACCCGUCGAUGUACCACUAGUCCACUACUCUGUUUCGGAUUUUCCUUCCAUGAUAUGAUGAAUAAGUUGUGGCCGCCUUUGAGCGAAUUAAACGGACGAUUUGGCGGAGAUAAUUGCAGAGAACGGUCGAAUUUUGCGUGGGGCUC